AUGGCUCUUAUAAAUCGCUCAAACCCAUUUGUAUAUCUCAUAGGACUCUUUAUCGCAAGUUUGCUAUUAUGGGUCUCAGAAGCUUCCCUUGUCUCAUCAGGAGAUUUUAAUAAAGACUUCCUCGUGACAUGGUCUCCAACCCACGUUAACACCUCCAGCGAUGGUCGAUCAAGAACCCUUAAGCUCGAUCAAGAAUCUGGAGCUUCCUUUGCUUCCAUUCAGACGUUCUUGUUCGGACAAAUAGAUAUGAAGAUCAAACUAAUCUCUGGACCUUCUCAAGGCACUGUGGUUGCUUAUUAUAUGUCCUCUGAUCAGCCAAACCGGGAUGAGAUAGACUUUGAAUUCCUUGGAAAUGUUGAGGGACAGCCUUACACUCUUCAGACGAAUGUCUAUGCCAAUGGAAUUGAUAACCGUGAAGAAAGGAUCCAUCUCUGGUUCGACCCAACCAAGGACUUUCACACCUACUCUAUCUUGUGGAACAUUCACCAAAUUGUGUUCAUGGUGGAUCAAAUUCCAAUUAGAUUGUAUAGAAACCAUACGUUGAAAGGUGUAGCCUACCCAAGAUUUCAACCUAUGAGUGUAAAGGCGAGUCUAUGGAACGGUGAGAGCUGGGCUACACGCGGUGGGAGAGACAAGAUUGACUGGUCUAAGGGUCCAUUCGUGGCAUCAUUUGAGGAUUACAAGAUAGAUGCUUGUGUUUGGAAAGGCAACCCAAGCUUGUGUAGAGAAGAGAGCAAUGAAAACUGGUGGAACAAGAAUGAGUUUAGUUCUUUGACAAGAGUGCAAAAGAGAUGGUUUAAAUGGGUGAGGAAGUAUCACUUGGUUUAUGACUAUUGCCAAGAUUCUGCAAGGUUCCAUAACAAGCUCCCCAAGGAAUGUUCUCUUCCUAAAUAUUGA